AUGCAUGCGUACGGAGCAGUCGUGUACGCUUGCGCGCAAGAGCCACAUUCAGAUGUUAAUCUACUGGUGUCCAAGUCCAGGGUUGCCCCUCUGGAAGAACUCACACUUCCCAGGCUGGAGUUGAUGGGAGUGCUCGUGGCUGCAAAGCUCGUCAACUAUGUUCGAACAGCCUUAGAGGACUGCGCAGUUGAAUGCCAUUACUGGACGGAUUCGACAAUUGUGCUCGCUUGGAUCCGUCACCACCCGUCCCGUUGGAAUCCUUUCGUAGCCCAUCGAGUUUCAGAAAUACGCACAUUAAGCGAUCCUGAUAUGUGGAAGCAUUGUGUCGGUGAAGACAAUCCCGCAGAUUUGAUAACCAGAGGUAUCUCGGCACAUCGCUUGGUGGAGGAGGAUCUUUGGUGGCACGGUCCAAAAUGGCUGAAGGAUGAUCCUUCUGAGUGGCCAAAUGCCAAUGGUUUCAACGACACUGACGCCGAGUUGCGAAAAUCUUCCGCAGGGAAACAAAACGAACUCGUUCUCCAAGUCACUUCGCAAUCCGUCGAAGCUAUUAUAGAUGUCCAGAGGUUUAGUUCGUUGGACCGGCUUUUGAGAGUGACCGCAUACGCCCUCCGUUUUACGUCAAACUGCAGGAACCUAAAUCAGAAGUUAGGGGGACCUCUUUCUACGAACGAGCUGCACGAAGCGAAGUUUUAUUGGGUCCGCGUUGUACAGCAUGAAGUCUACGACCUCAAGAAAGGGAAACACAAUUCACAAUCUGUUCUCUUCAAAGAUCUGCCGUUUUUUGAAGACGAACUACGAGUCAUUCGGUUAAAGGGACGGUUGCAACACCUAGAAGAUAGCGACCGAGUGAAGUACCCCAUUAUAUUACCUGCCGAGCAUCAUUUCACCACCUUGCUUGUACAGUGGGCUCAUGAGCGAGUGUUUCACGGAGGAGUGGAGUCAACCUUGGCGGAACUACGAGAACAGUUUUGGGUACAACGGGCUCGUCAGACGGUCAAGAAAGUUCUCAAGAAGUGCGCCUUAUGUGCCCGAUUUAGGGCUCGGAGAGUAGCCGUACCAACGGCUCCGCUACCUGGCUUCCGCGUAGCGGCAAGUGAACCCUGCCGUACUGCUGGGGUUGACUUUGCGGGUCCUCUGUAUGGAAGACAGAGCACCAAGAAGUACUACAUCGUCCUCUUUACCUGCGCAUUAACGACGGCUGUACACCUUGAGCUCACAUCAUCUACUACAGCUGAAGCAUUUCUCAUGAGCUUAAGGAGGUUCGUGGCCAGAAGAGGUGUACCGACGACUAUCUAUUCGGAUAACGCCCGCAGCUUCAAGCGAGCGGACAAGGAGCUGCGGGCACUCUGGAACAUGACAAAGGAUCUUCAGGUGAAUGACUACCUGACACAUCAAAACAUCACCUGGAGAUACAUCUUGCCCGGAGCCCCCUGGUGGGGGGGCUGGUGGGAAAGACUCGUCCGGACAGUGAAGACUGCUCUUCAUAAAGUUCUGGGCAAAACGUCGCUCGGCUUUGAAGAACUGAGAACAGUAAUGACCGAAGUUGAGGCGGUAGUCAACUCCAGGCCACUCACAUACGCUAGCUGCAGUCCGGACGACUCAAACGUACUAUGUCGAUCUCACUUUCUCGUGGGCAAGAGAGUUAUCGCCCUGCCGACGCAGCCAGCAACACAGUACGACGACCACAAUCAAUCAACGAGAGGUCAACUGACGCGAAAAAUGCUCUACAGAGAAAAGUUGAUGCAGCACUUUUGGAGACGCUGGAGACGCCAGUACCUCUUGCAGCUCCGGUCAGCACAUCAUUUUGAUUCUACGUCCUCCAAGAGGCUACUACCUGGCGGCUACUACCUGGUAACGGUCUGGGAUGGUUACUUUGUUCAGGGCUCUAUAAUCGCCACACGGGCGCCAAUCUCCGGUCUUUUUCGGAACGAGGUGGAGUGGAGAUGCCCAAGUGCUGGAUGA